ACAUCACUCUCCCCCCAUUUCCCCUUAUUAUUACUUACUCUCGUAUUAUCACUCUCCCACCUUAUCUUUCCUUAUUUUCCCUACCUAUCUAUUAUACUACUUACUUAUACUCGUCUUAUUACUUACCUUAUCUUUACUCAUAUUAGCUUAUUACUUACCCUUACUUACUUAGUUAUAGUCACUAUUAUUUAUAUUACUUACUUAUUACGUAUUAUUAUCUCUCACCUUAUACUCCCCUUACUCUAUCCUCUUCUUCACCUUCCUUAUUUUACUUACCCAUACUUACUUCCUCACUUACUUAGCCAAUUAAUUAAUUCAUUUACCCUAUUUUAUUAUCACCUAUCAUCACUUCCCUACUCUUUCUUAUUUAACUCCCUUAUCUUUAUUUAUUUAUAUUUCUUAUUAUCUCCCUUACUUAUACCUACUAACCCACCCCUUCAUUCCUUACCCUACUGUCUGUCUUUCUAUAUUUCUCUCUUCCUUACUCUACCCUCUUAUCACUUCCUUACCUUAUCAUUACUUAUUACCAUAUCUCUCUCACCUUAUGUUCCCACUUAUCUAUUACACUUACUUAGUCAUGCUCGUCUUAUUACUUAUAUCACUUACUUACACCUUACUACUUAUUAUUGCCUAGCUAUUACUUAUUAUUCAUAUCACUUACUUAUUAUUGCUUUAUUCUCCAAUACUACCCCUUCUUACCUUAUACCCACUUAUUACUUACCUUCACUUCUAUCAUCUUCAUUACCUACCUUACUUAUUAGUCUCCUAUCUUACCCUUCUUAUCUCUAUCUCCCCCUAUCUAGCUUCUAUUACUUAUCAUCCCUUAUGUACUACCUAUAUUCCUAA